AAUUCCCCAUCCCAUCAUCAACUUGCCCAAUAUCACCCCCAACAUCCCAUUCCAUUCACCCCAUCCCGACGUGAAGCUGAAGUUCAGCGUUACAGCAUAUUGAAAUGUAAAGGCGAUGUUCCCGCCUUAGCAGAGACUGCAUUCACGGUAAACGCUGCAAAUGUCGCAAUCUGAAAUUAUUUUUACAUUAAUAUCUGGCAAUCUGUAACGCUUUAAGGGUGCAGAUUGAAUAGAGCCCUUACUGUCAUUACAUUUCAGAAACACCGGCCAGACUUACACCCAAUGUGAGCCAGGUGGAAGAGCUGAAAGGAAUGCAGGUGGAAGAGCUGAAGGGAAUGCAGUUGGAAGAGCUGAAUGGAAUGCAGUUGGAAGAGCUGAAUGGAAUGCAGUUGGAAGAGCUGAAGGGAAUGCAGUUGGAAGAGCUGAAGGGAAUGCAGUUGGAAGAGCUGAAGAGAAUGCAGGUGGAAGAGCUGAAGAGAAUGCAGGUGGAAGAGCUGAAUGGAAUGCAGGUGGAAGAGCUGAAUGGAAUGCAGGUGGAAGAGCUGAAGAGAAUGCAGGUGGAAGAGCUGAAGGGAAUGCAGGUGGAAGAGCUGAAGGGAAUGCAGGUGGAAGAGCUGAAGAGAAUGCAGGUGGAAGAGCUGAAGGAAAUGCAGGUGGAAGAGCUGAAUGGGAUGCAGGUGGAAGAGCUGAAUGGGAUGCAGGUGGAAGAGCUGAAGGGAAUGCAGGUGGAAGAGCUGAAGGGAAUGCAGGUGGAAGAGCUGAAGGGAAUGCAGUUGGAAGAGCUGAAGGGAAUGCAGUUGGAAGAGCUGAAGGGAAUGCAGUUGGAAGAGCUGAAGAGAAUGCAGUUGGAAGAGCUGAAGAGAAUGCAGGUGGAAGAGCUGAAUGGAAUGCAGGUGGAAGAGCUGAAGAGAAUGCAGGUGGAAGAGCUGAAGGGAAUGCAGGUGGAAGAGCUGAAUGGGAUGCAAGUGGAAGAGCUGAAGGGAAUGCAGGUGGAAGAGCUGAAUGGGAUGCAGGUGGAAGAGCUGAAGGGAAUGCGGGUGGAAGAGCUGAAGGGAAUGCAGGAGAUGACACAGAAAACAAGAUAUUUUGGCAAUUUUGGGGGGAAUUGGAUAACCUACCAAUAUUUUGUAAUUUGUUACUCCAAUCAAUCAAUGGUUAUACUCACUGGUUCCAGCCCAAGCCCUGGAGCUUAAGACUCUUGAUGUCUGCUCCAACCACACUGAGAACCUCUUGAUGUCUGCUCCAACCACACUGAGAACCUCUUGAUGUCUGCUCCAACCACACUGAGAACCUCUUGAUGUCUGCUCCAACCACACUGAGAACCUCUUGAUGUCUGCUCCAACCACACUGAGGACUCUUGAUGUCUGCUCCAACCACACUGAGGACCCUUGAUGUCUGCUCCAACCACACUGAGAACCUCUUGAUGUCUGCUCCAACCACACUGAGAACCACUUGAUGUCUGCUCUAACCACACUGAGAACCUCUUGAUGUCUGCUCCAACCACACCGAGGACUCUUGAUGUCUGCUCCAACCACACUGAGAACCUCUUGAUGUCUGCUCCAACCACACUGAGGACUCUGGAUGUCUGCUCCAACCACACUGAGAACCAGGUGGAACUCCAGGAGCCUGAGGUGGAGGAGCUGAAGAUAGAGAA